AUGUCGGAUCGAGGGGGACCCACUAGACGGCCGGAUAUUAAACGCAAGCUCGUGGUCGUUGGGGAUGGAGGUUGCGGCAAGACAUGUCUGCUAACAGUUUAUGCUGAGAAUCGGUUUCCAGAGCAAUAUGUUCCGACAGUGUUUGAAAACCUCAUCACCAUGAUCCCUUCCCCGACAGAUCCGUCCAAGAUCAUCGAGCUUGCUCUGUGGGACACUGCGGGACAAGAGGAUUUCGAUCGUUUACGGCCACUCAGCUAUAACGACACGGAUGUGAUUCUGAUAGUGUUUGCCUGUAAUCAUCGCCCGAGUUUGAUGAAUGUCCAGGAUAAGUGGUACCCUGAGAUGGCUCAUUUCUGCGAGUCUGUCCCCCUCGUCCUCGUCUGUACCAAGACGGAUCUUCGGAAUGACCCCACCACCGUCUCUCUCAUGGCCGCGCAGGGCACCACGCCCAUCACUCCGUUGGAGGGCGAAAAAGUCGCCAAGGAGAUUGGCGCGAGGCGGUAUCUGGAGUGUUCGGCCAAGGAGGGGCGAGGUGUGAGGGAGGUGUUUGACGCGGCCAUAAGGGAGAGUUUACGGAAAGGCGGGCUUGGCAAGUUGGGCAAGAAGAAGUGUGUGAUAAUGUGA